AAGAACAUAGGUUGGUCCUGAACCCUGAUAUCCAACUCAAGAAACACUCCACACACCCCUCCUUUGUAACCUGUGUCUGAACUCUGAAGACAGCUUUAACACGUGCCUUCUCCAUCUCAUUGGUUCUCUGACUUCUCUGUUGACCCUUCUUCUCUUCUCUUCUCAACAGAGAGAGUGUGAGAGAGAGAGAGAGAGAGAGAGAGAGAGAUUUCUCUUUCAGUGGUCAAUGAAAGGGGAAGUGAAGAUGAAGUCAAAGAUGAAAUGGGUUGGUCUAGUUGGGAUUGUGCUCUCAGCUUUCUCCAUCUUCAUCCACUUUUUCCUUGCCAGAUUCACAGAAUUGGGUGUUGCAGAUUACCAGUCAUCAGUUACAAUCUUCUCUUGGAGACCCAUCUUUGACAAACCGUAUUUUCCCACAAAUAGUCCCACAUAUAGAAGACUUUGGGGUCCUGUGAAGCGUCUUGAAUCCUUGUAUCCGGACUCAAAUCCAAGAGGAUAUUAUGCUGAUCCUGGCUCACAAACAAAUGGGUUUAUUUUUGUUCGGAUACAAGGUGGUUUUCAUGAGAUCAGGAAUUCGAUAUGUGAUGUUGUUGUGAUUUCUCGACUUCUUAAUGCUACAUUAGCAAUGCCUGAGAUCCUAUCAGCAACCAGCAGCAAGGGAAUAAGCUCUCAGUUCAAGAGUUUUGCAUACCUAUAUAAUGAGGACCAUUUUGUAUUCUCAUUAGCAAAAGAUGUCAAAGUUAUAAGAACUCUUCCAAAAGAUCUUAAGAGUGCACGGAGAAAGAAGGAGAUUCCUGUGUUUAGAGUGCCACAUUCGGCGUCUCCUUUUUAUUAUUUGCAUCAUGUUCUCCCAGUAUUGAAGAAGCAUUCAGUGGUUGAACUAGUUGUUUCUGAUGGUGGUUGCUUGCAGGCCAUUCUUCCUCCCUCUUUCAAAGAAUAUCAAAGGCUGAGAUGUCGAGUUUCUUUUCAUGCUCUUCAGUUCCGACAGGAAGUCCAGGAACUUUCUGCUCAGAUUUUGCAGAGGUUACGAGCUCCUGGCCGUCCAUUCAUUGCCUUUGAUCCUGGCAUGACUAGAGAAUCUUUAGCAUAUCAUGGCUGUGCCGAACUGUUCCAGGAUGUGCAUACCGAACUCAUUCAACACAAAAGAGCUUGGAUGUUAAAACGUGGGAUUGUCAAGGGGAAGCUUUCAGUCAACUCAGCUGAAGCAAGACUGAAUGGCUCCUGUCCUUUGAUGCCCGAGGAGAUUGGUAUUCUUCUGCGUGCCUACGGAUACUCAAAGGAUGCAACUCUAUAUGUGUCUGGGGGAGAAGUCUUUGGUGGUCAAAGAACAUUGAUUCCUCUUCACGCUAUGUUUGAAAAUGUUGUUGAUAGAACUUCUCUUAGCACUCCUUGGGAGUUGAUUAGGCUCUAUGGGCAAGAGGUCAACCUUGUUAAUGCUCCUCCUGGACCACCACCUUUCAAAAAAGUAACAAAAGUUGUCGAUUGGAAGGAUGCCGGUGCACGUCCACGCCCACUUCCUCCACCUCCAGCACGGCCCAAAUCAUAUAACAUAGAGGGUUGGUGGGGUUGGGUAGCGGAGAGUGACAAUGAACCUGAUAGUACAGUUAUGGAACUAAGGACCAAUGCCCAUAAAUUACUGUGGGAGGCUAUUGACUAUGUCAUUUGCAUUGACGCUGAUGUGUUCAUCCCUGGAUUCGACCGCGACGGGAAGGGGCAUCCAAAUUUUGCUAGCUUGGUGAUGGGUCACAGGCUAUAUCAGUCAGCUGCAUCAAAGACAUUUAGACCUGACAGAAAGGAAGCUGCUAGACUUGUAGAUGAGAUUCGCAACCACACAUAUCAAACGAAUCAUACUUGGCUUAAAUCAGUUCGCAGGCAUAUGAGGAAAACAUUACUUGAUGGGCUUAUAGAAGCAUCAAAUAAAUCAAAACCAUUAUCCUUUCUCUCUCAUCCAGUCCCUGAAUGUUCUUGCACAAGGCGUGACUCCUUUGAAGUACCAAAGAAUUCUUCUAGUCCUUUAACUUCCCAAGUAUGGAAAGCUCUUGGUGUUUCUCACCGGUGUCCUGCAUGGAUGGAAACCGGUCCAGUUUCUCUAUCAAAAGAUAAGGAGAACGACGAAGAUGGAGACGAGGAUGAUUCUGUAUCCGGGUUAUUCUUUGGACCAAGUGGUGGAAAUGAUGACGGUGAUGGAGAAAUAAACUCUAAAGAAGAAAACCAAUUUGAGGAUCAGGAAGAGCUUGAGGGUGGGGAAAGAUGACAUACAGAUAGUGUUUGAUGGUCCAUCUAACAAUUGAUAAGGUAUUCAUGUACAUAAUAAGAUAAGUUGUUGCUUGCAACUGUUGCUUACAGGAUUCAGUUUUGGGUGAGAGAAGCAAGUAAAGCCAUUUAAAUGUGGCAAUGGCCUAUAACUUUGAUUCAGAAAACCCAUUUACUAGUAGAGAAUCUUCUGUGUAACAUCAGUGUUUUUCUGGCUCAAGUCCUCAAAUCAAAUAUACAGGGAAAUAUAUUGACCGCAUCAGUUUUGGUGUAAGCUUGCACAAUCUUCAUUGUUAAUAUUAGGUUUCAAUUUUGAAUUCUUUGGUAGGAGAACUUCCUGGUUAUCUCUGGUGCACAUACUCAGACUGUAUUUAAUUGAUGUAGCAUUGGCUAGAAUUCAACUCCAUUUUUGUACCUGAGGAGAUAUGGCACUGUGGUGUUAUAAAUUUGCUCUAGAGCAUUUCUUUCCUGAAUGUAUGUGGGAACUAAUCAUUUUUAUUUCCUUUCAUAUUUUGUAAACAUUCGUAAUUGCACUCUCAUAAAUACAUUUUUAAUGCUUGCUUUUAGUGCCUAUUAAAAUUU